ACAAUGUGGACUUUUCUGGGCAUUGCUUCUUUUAUCUAUGUCUACAAAAAAUGUGGAGAUUUGCUAAGUUAUGCCAACAAGGAGGUGCUUAUUUCCACGAUGGUGUUUUUUUCUCUCGGCUUGAUGCUCUCUUAUUGGUACCGAUCGUGGGGACCCCAGCCACAGAACAAGCAGAAACCUCAUUGUGGAAUGUUUUCCAAUUUCCUUGCUGCCUUGCCAUUCGUUGGCUUUUUCUGGACUAAAUCCCACACGGAUUCCUUGGAGAAACUGCAGACGAAGACCAGGAAGGGUACAAGAGGAGUCAUUCCUUCAUCUGACAGUAGAACAGAGACUGAUUCAGCUUCGACAGCCGCGGCUCAACCUGAUCCAGAAGUCAUCAUUGUGGGGGCCGGUGUACUUGGCUCUGCUCUGGCCACGGUGCUGGCCCGGGAUGGAAGGAAAGUGACGGUCGUUGAGCGGGACCUGAAGGAACCUGAUAGGAUUGUUGGAGAACUCUUACAGCCAGGAGGUUAUAACACGCUAAAAGACCUGGGCCUUCAAGAGGCUGUGGAAGGUAUAGAUGCUCAUACCAUAAAUGGCUACAUCGUUCAUAACCUUGAAAACAAGUCAGAGGUUGAGAUCCCUUACCCUUGCACAGCAGAACACAGAGUGCAGAACGGGAAAGCAUUUCAUCAUGGACGUUUCAUCAUGGGUCUCCGAAGGGCGGCCAUCUCAGAACCCAAUGCAAAAUUUAUUGAGGGGACAGUGGUACAAUUGCUUGAAGAAGAGGAAUGUGUAGCUGGAAUCGUAUACAAAGAUAAAGAAACUGGUGAUACAAAGGAACUCCACGCACCUUUAACGGUGGUUGCGGACGGUCUGUUUUCCAAGUUUCGAAAAAAUCUCAUCUCCAGCAAAGUGAAAGUCCCCUCUCAUUUUGUAGGAUGCAUUUUGAAGAAUUCUCCUCAGUUUAAAGCCAAUUACGCUGAGCUGGUUUUAGGAAAUCCGAGUCCAGUGCUUAUCUACCAGAUUUCUUCCAAUGAAACUCGAGUUCUUGUUGACAUUCGAGGUGAAAUGCCAAAAAACCUUAAGGAAUACAUGGUCGAAAAGAUUUAUCCACAGCUACCAGAACACAUUCAAGAGCCUUUCCUCAUAGCAGUACAGAAUGAACGCCUGAGAGUCAUGCCGGCGAGCUUUCUACCACCUUGUCCUGUCAAUAAAGCAGGAGUCCUCCUCCUAGGAGACGCUUACAACAUGAGGCAUCCUCUGACAGGCGGAGGAAUGAGCGUUGCUCUGAAUGACAUCAAGAUCUGGAGAUGUUUGCUACAGACCAUUCCAGACUUGUAUGAAGACUCUGCUCUAUUGCAAGCCAAAAAGACUUUCUACUGGACGAGAAAGAAGUCUCAUUCCUUUGUUGUGAAUGUUCUUGCUCAGGCGCUUUAUGAAUUAUUUGCUGCAACCGAUGAUUCUCUGCACAAGUUAAGGAGAGCCUGCUUUUUCUAUUUCAAGCUUGGGGGCAAAUGUGUGUCUGGUCCAGUUGGAUUACUUUCCAUCUUGUCUCCGAAGCCCAUCGUCCUGAUCGGCCACUUCUUCGCCGUUGCCCUCUACGCCACUUAUUUUUGUUUCAAAUCCGAAUCUUGGAUCACCAAACCCCGGGCCAUUUUCAGCAGCCUCGCGGUGUUGUACCGAGCUUGCUCAGUCAUCUUCCCGCUUAUAUAUUCUGAAAUGAAAUACCUCAUCUACUGAAUACAGAAGGGCAAAGAGAUGGGAAGAGGAAUGGCUCGGGUUUCUUUCGCGCCUUCCGUCUCUUGACAAAGACAAAAGCAACAGCAGCAACAACAAAACUGACGGCCUUGAGAUCUCGCAGUGGCCCUUUGAGGUUUAUAAGCAGAUAAAUAAUCUUGUCAAACAAGGGCCUGUAAAAAAAAACAAACCCUACCAUUCUAAUCCAAAAGAGCAAAAAGGGGAUCACAACAGUUACUUCGGAGAAUAAGUGGUCUAGCAUAUUAGGGGAGGGGGUGUUGGCAGAUUGCCACGUUCUUCUCUUUCCUUGCCCCCCUCUGACAUUUGAGGCCAGGACUUAUCUAAACAAUAAUAAUGACAUUUCUAGAGCUACUGGUCUGAACUAUUGAGUGUAUGCCCAGAGAUCAAAGCUUAGAAACCCCCCAAAUUCUGUUCACAUUUUUCUAGCCCUGCAGAAUUGACUUGAUUUCCCUUCUCCAUGACCAGCUGCUCUUCUAUUUCCUUCUCUCUGUCUCUGUCUCUCUCUUUGUCUCUCUCUCUCUCUGUCUGUGUGUGUGUGUGUGGCGGGGCGAGAGAGAAGAAAUGGGAAUUUGUGCAGCCUCUUCAUAGGGACUUACCAACAAUGGCAAUUACAGUCAUCUUGCCAGGAGGGGACAAAUAAAAAAUGGUUGCUUUUGCUUAUGUUAGCACAGUAAACCAAGUAUGGGCUAUAUCAUACUGUUCUUAGAUCACAGGUAAAAACUGUCUUAUUUAAAUGACCUUCCAAAUUCACUUUGCAGUGAGAAACUGGAAAAAAAAGUAUUCUCCCUAACCUGUUUUUUAAGAAAAAAUAUAUAGGAUUUUAUUUAUUUAUGGAGGAAUGCUUGCUGAGCUUCCCACCGUUGCCUGAAAUGAUGCAGUCCAGAGCAUACCACACCAGGAAGAAGUAAGCCAAUACUGAGAUUCAUGUAAUGACUGCUAGGAAUUCUAGUUGCCUUCAUAUGGCCAGCUUCAUUAGAACUGUCUCAUUUUGAGAGGUUAGAUUAGAACUAGGGAACCUCAAGAUGUUGUACUAGAAGCUUCAUAAAUAAGUGAUGGCUGGGGCUGAUGGACCUUGGAAUCGCAACAUCUCAAGGCAAGGUGGAUGGCAGAGGAGGGAUUAGUGCAGAGGGAGCAGCAAUGUCUGUGUAUGACACCACUGUCUCCAUUCUGUUGGAUUUCUGGGAAGAGAGUCAAGCAUCAUGGACAGAAAGAUUUAGCAAUUGGGUAUAUACCGAGAUAAACAGGAUUAUGUGCCUGUCUUCACAUACAUAAAAACACACAUUUGUCUGUGUUACCUUGUACAAAUAAAGUUUCUAAAAGAUACUUGCAAUGACCCUUUUCAACUUCUGUAACAGAGAUAGCUAAAAUGGCAGUAGAAAUGGCACUGCCUUGUUACAUUGAUAAAAUAAAUGAAUCUAAGGAGGUCAAUCAAUUUCUAAAAAAAGCAUCCACAACUCUUACAUGUAUAUUUCUUCAUUGAUACUUUCUGGCGUUGAGCUUUUUUGUCAAGUAACAUGUAAACAUAUAUUCCAUGAAUAUGCUGUGUUUUUCUUUCAGGUUCUGGUACAUAUUCUAGAGAUCUUCUCCAUUUUCUUUUCCAUUUAAUUAUUGAAGGAAAGGGAAGAGU